AUGCUCCCGCUCCCAUGUGCUCCCGAUUCCACCUGGGCUGUGUUUUGGGCGCGUGUUCGAGCGCUGUUCCACGGCGCUGACCCCAGGGUUUGUGCUGCAUUCUGGCUAUUUGGAAUUAACGGCAUUAUUGCCCAUCAUAGGCAGAACACUCCAGCCCUGUUCCAUCAGUUGGAUCCGCAACGAGGAUGUGGCUUUUUAACAGAGGCUGAUAUUUAUCGUCCAGGCUUGAUUAACAACGUCCUCUAUGUCAUCAUCCUCUCUGCUGCUCUCGACCUUGUGGGUCCCGAUGUUCCUAAAGGUGUUGUCCUUCUUGCCGAUGUCAUUCCUUCGUUCCUAACAAAACUCUGCGCGCCAUACUUCAUACACCUCGUCCCGUAUCCUGCUCGGAUACUGAUCUUCGUUGCCCUUUCUGCCAGCGGAAUGCUCAUUGUGGCUCUCUCGCCCGCCUACAACCCAGAUGAUGUUACACAGGACUCUAUCUCCGCCAAAAUGUUCGGCGUGAUCCUCGCUAGUUUGUCUUCCGGCGGCGGCGAACUGAGCUUCUUGGGCCUGACUCACUUCUACGGCCAUUUUAGCCUAGCAGCUUGGAGCAGUGGCACCGGCGCAGCCGGUCUGGUUGGUGCAGGGGCGUAUGCCUUAGCAACAACAUCGUUCGGUUUGAGUGUACGUGCAACCUUAAUAGCUUCGGCCUGCUUGCCGGGAGUGAUGGUUGUGAGCUUUUUUAUGAUGUUACCCUUGGGACCGUUACGGAGAUUCGACAAGACUGGUGAAGAGUACCAACGCGUUUUACGUGAUAGAGAUUCCGACAGCAAUAUUGAUUAUAAUACUAAUCUUGACGUACCCGGGCAUGACACCCAAGACGCUGAGAAUGAAAGGCUACUUGGAAGUCGCCCAAAUAGUGAUGCUCAACCCGUUGUUUCUGAUGAUGUAAGGUUGUCAUGGAAGCAAUUCAAAAUCAAUCUGAAGCGUGCGAGGGCUUUGUUCUUUCCUUUUAUGCUACCGCUUCUUCUUGUCUACAUUGCAGAGUAUACAAUUAAUCAGGGGGUAGCCCCAACAUUACUCUUCCCCCUUGAUGAGAGCCCGUUCACCCGCUUCCGCUCGUUUUACCCAACUUACAACGCCAUUUACCAGGUUGGAGUGUUUAUUUCCCGGUCCUCUACCCCUUUCUUUCGUGUCCAUGAACUCUAUUUCCCAUCCUUCCUGCAAAUCGCCAAUCUUGCAAUUCUCACCUUGCAUGCCCUCUUCAAUUUCAUCCCCAAUGUCUAUCUUGUCUUUAUAGUCAUAUUCUGGGAAGGGCUACUUGGCGGCCUGGUGUAUGUGAAUACCUUUGCAGAGAUCACAGAUACCGUUCCGAAAGAGGAUCGCGAAUUUUCGCUAGGUGCAACAACGGUGAGCGAUUCGGGGGGAAUAUGCAUCGCUGGAUUUCUGGAAUUUCGAGCCAUCUAUGCUGCGAGAAUGAUAGGUUUCUACAGAGGGAACAAACAUGGCCCACCCGGCGCACGACUUCUGUCCUCUCGACUCUUCAGUCGACUAACACCCUGGCAAACUACGGUUAUGACGAUGUUGACACUCUACAUAUCCCGCAAUUUCGCUAAACUCGUCGGAUUAGAAUGUCCUGAGCCACUGGCUAAUCUGUAUUCCCGGUCAUAUUUUCGUGCCACAUGGAUAACCACGGGCUUGGAUGCGGGAUUUUGGACUGCGAUGAAUAUCAAACGAAAGUGGCUACGGGACCUAGCAUCGGUCGUCUUCUCGAUAUAUUACCUUAUCGCGGCUGAGCAAGCCGAUGAAAAGGUUCGAAAGGUCCGCGCUGUUCUAACGGUAGAUCACUUGCGUGUGUCGUGGAAUAAAGCUACCACGCCGUACCUGUCCUUCAUCUCGAGGUUAAUGAGGCCGCGGUUUUGUACAUAUGAUCCUAUCGCGAUCCGGAUUCCUAGGCCCAGAGAAUCAUCGUAUAAGGAACCGACGAAUGCUUGGUUGUAUUUUAACGGGCCCUUAAGUGGGCUGAGAAAACAAGACACCGUCGUCCUGGACAUACCAGGUGGUGGAUUUGUGGCGAUGAGUCCUAGGACGAGCGAUGAUAAGCUCCUUGCUUGGGCUGGGAAGACUGGAGUCCCAAUACUAAGUUUAGACUAUAAAAAGGCGCCCGAGCAUCCAUACCCCUAUGCACUGAAUGAGUGCUACGAUGUAUACCACACUAUUGUUACGACAAAGGGGCGAUGCAUCGGCUUGAGCGGAAAAACGUGUCCGAAUAUUAUACUUACAGGCGAUAGUGCGGGUGGAAACCUGGCGGCUGGGUUGACCUUGAUGGUUCUCCAGUCUGGAAGUACCGACUCAAGAAAAUGGCGAGGCGAAGAUUCUUUGCCUGUGCCAUCUGGGCUGAUUCUAAUCUAUCCGUCCCUGGACAUGAAUAUUGGAAGUUGGAUGACGGAUGAGCAGAUGUCGCUGAUACGAGACCGAGAUAUGAGGAAAACCAACCAAAACAUUCUGAGGAGAAAGAGCGAAGAUUAUUACAAACUCACCACAACUCCUCACCCGUCCAACGAAGGGUUGGAAGACCAUUCGGUUCUGCGAGACUACUUCUCUGAACAACACGGUUUCCGUGCAGGUGACACUGCCUCCACAUCUAUCUCAGCUGUGGAAAAGAACGAUCUCACAAUCGAUAACCCAAUACCAGGGAACAUCGCGUCCCAAAUCGUCGCUAUGACAGAUAAGCAACCUCAACAAAUUAGAACACGGCUUGCCGUGUCUUCAAUGAUCUCCUAUUUUAAUGACCGUAUCCUCACCCCGGAAAUGAUGCGAGCAAUGAUAAUUCUCUAUAUUGGACCGUAUAACCGUCCAGACUUCAGUACAGAUUUUCUUCUGUCGCCUCUACUCGCCCCCGAAGCUCUUCUUGCGCGUUUCCCCAAGACAUACUUCUUAACUGGCGAACGAGAUCCGCUUGUUGAUGACACUGCCAUAUUCGCAGGGAGAAUUAGACAGGCUAAACUCCAUCGUUUCAGGGAACGUCAAGAGCUAGGACUGGAGAAAUCUAGAGUUGAAUUUGACGAGAAAGCUCAUGUGGAAGUUACGCUCAUCCCGGGUAUCUCUCACGGCUUUUUGAAUUUCGUCAGCGUCUUCCCAGAGGGACGAAAGCAAUUGUUCCGAUGCACAAAGUGGAUUCGCGAUAUCCGCGAUAAUGCUAUCCUGGAACGCACCGAAGGUGAAAGGCACGGUUCAACAAGUUCGCUACAGGUUAGGAAGCGUGCAACUUCCGAAGCUUUAAAAAAUCCGUCGGGAGUUCAGCUCGCCAACCCGGGUGAAGUUGCAGAUAUAGUGGCAGGUGAAGCACGGCAGCACCACCGUGGCCUCACCGCUGAAUCAUCUGCCGACGAAGACGGUCCGCUAGAGAUGAGUAUUCGAAUGACCAAAGUCAACUCCUCGUCCUCUUCCUCUUCCUCUUCCUCAUCGUCCUCAUCGUCUUCUUCUCGUAAACACGAUUCGUCAUCGCCGCCAACCGAGGCUCUCGACGAAACGGAGGCCCCCGGCGCGGGUAUUACCAGGGCAAUCAAAGAAGCGAAGAAAACCCGAAAAUCAAACUUGAAGCUGAAGGAAGGCCGUGUCCUGCCGUCAAAGCUGGCAAGGCGAGAGAUGCGGAUAAGUAGGCAAACCAGUUUGACUAGUUUGCCCAGCGAGGAAGAUUUAUUGCAUAGGCGGAUGAACGGGUUGGCUGGCGGUUUGAUGGGAAUCGGGGAAGAGGCGCGAACGCCGUGA